AGUUUAUAUAUAUGCUAUACCCUACUGCUGUAGGAUAUCCAAAAAAAAAAGUUUCUAGUCUACAUUUAACUUGAACGAAAGGAAAAAGAAGAAAGAAAUCGUCUGAUAAUUUUUCUUUUCUUAAAAUCUCCUCCUUGAACUAUUUGAACGGUUGCAACUUUCAGUAACUGUACUUCAAUCGUACCUUGCAUUUUUUUCUAUUUCAUUUUUUAUGAACUUUGACUAUUGCAUUAUCUGUGGAAAUGAUACCGAUGACCAUUUGUAUUGCUGUGACCAGUGUAAAGCCAAUGAUUCUACAGAAUACAGAAGGUCGACGGAUCAAAGCAACUCGGUGGAACAAAACCUUCAGCUGCUCUCUAUGGAACACUUGAGUUACUUUUGUAAAAGACCAACGACUAUUCCUCAGUUGGUUCGUGCUGCAAUGUAACUACUAGUCAUAAGGACUCCUUGAUUUUACGACAAUUUCUAUGAUUUAUUUCUGAAUCGAUACUCUUAUUUACGAGAGAUAAAGUUGAGAUUUAAUGCUGCCCUCUAUAAGCAGAAAGGAUGGAAGUUAAGCAAAUGAUUUUGAACAAUGUCUAAUGCUUCCUUUAUGGGCGGACAGGCAAGAGCGAUAUUACAGAAAGCUCUUAUAAGGAUACUGGAAAAUACUAUCUACAACGAGUAUAGUGGUAACAUUUCCGUUACUUGAGUAUUAGCCAUAAAGGCUAGCCUGUUUGGUAUACCUCCCUUAGUUUAUCCUCCUUCCUUGAGGGUAUUAUUAUAAAACCGUAAAUUAUAUACUAAUAUUUUAUUAAUGAAUUAUUUUCUUUUGGACAUUCCGUAGUUGAAGCAAAGGCCGGAGUAAGCGAUGGUAAUUUGUU